CCGCGAUUCCCUCUAUAUGGACUCACUGGCAGCUCCCUCCAGGCUCCUACCCCACUGCAGCCUCUAGCGGGCCAGCAAAGUAACCCACUCCAGGCAAGAGACCCGUGUGCAGCAAGAGACUUCACCGCUCCCGCUGACCACAGACCGCACAGGAGGGGGAGCAGCAGGCAGAGCAGGAUGAUCCGCACAAUGUAUGCUGUUGGUGGUCUGCUUCUUCUAGCUGGAAUCCUGUUACCCACAGCAGAGGGGAAAAAGAAGAACCGUGGGUCUCAGGGAGCCAUCCCUCCUCCCGACAAGGAUCAGCCCAAUGAUUCAGAGCAGACACAGCCAAAGCAGCAGCCGGGUUCAAGGCACCGAGACCGUGGAACUGGCACACCAAUGCCCGCCGAAGAGGUGCUGGAGUCUAGCCAGGAAGCAUUACACGUCACUGAACGCAAGUAUCUUAAGCGGGAUUGGUGUAAAACUCAGCCCCUCAAACAAACCAUCCAUGAAGAAGGCUGCAAUAGUCAUACUAUUAUCAACAGAUUCUGCUAUGGCCAGUGCAAUUCUUUCUACAUCCCACGGCACGUCCGCAAAGAGGAAGGCUCUUUUCAGUCCUGUUCCUUCUGCAAACCUAAGAAGUUCACCACUAUGACAGUUACACUCAAUUGCCCUGAACUUCAGCCCCCUAGAAAGAAGAAGAGGAUCACGCGAGUCAAGGAAUGUCGGUGUAUAUCCAUAGAUUUGGACUAGACUCUGCAGAACACUAUUACACUGAUGCUCCAGGCGUAGGCAAUCGUCAGUGCCAGAUUAAAUAAGAGUGAGUGACAUAACUACCGUACCUGCGUGGCUGGACACAACUGACAGGAACCAGAGUGAAUCAUCCAAAAUAUAAUGUGUGUGUGUGUGUGUGUGUGUGUGUGUAACUAUACAGAAGUAUAUGAAUGUUCACUAUAGAGUAAAAACAUUUAAAUUCAUGUGUGAAAUAUCACCAAAGGCCUGUAAACACAAGGUUCAGUAUCACAUCUAUGAAUUAGGACCCUUAGCAUACGCUCAUAUUCUCCCUGCUUGCUGGGUUCAGUGCAGCUGUGACUUUUGCUAAUGCUCCACUGGAGACCAUACUAUUCACCUUCACGAUAUGAAGAAAUAUCAAAUCAGAGGCAUUCAGGAUCUUCCAAGCAUGAAUUUGAUCCUAAAUUUAAAAUAACCAAUGUUAAAAGAGGUGCAGUCAUAGGUGAAACCUCACUAAAAGCCACACUUCCACCAAAGUUUCUAUUAUGCCUUUGUUUUUUUUUAAAUCAGUGUUGCUCAGAGGCC